AUGUCGUUCGGCGAGCCCAUGUAUAUCACUGCGCUGGAUUCGCGGGUAGCAGAGCCGCUUUACAUCACCGUAUCAGAUGGUCGGGUCAAGACGACGUUGGCUCGAAAUGCAUCGCAAUCGAAGAAGGUGGAGACCACGUACGAUCCCCAUGACCCGUAUGUGCACGCCGGUAUGUGCCGCACGGGAUCCGAUUCGGACUUCGCCAUGAUACCCUGUAAAGAGGGAAUGUCUAGUACUUCAUUGAGAUGUAUUUCAGCAUCCAGCAGAUGCAGCAGCAGUGACAGCACCACCUGCAGUGCAAUGGCUUCUCCUGACGACAAUCGCUCGGAGACCCUUCGGCUGCUCCGCAGGCCGAGCAGCCCGCAGUGCAAAGCACCCAUGAACAGCACGAGGCUUCUUUGGUGUGAAGGUAAUGCUGAAGGACGAAUGGAACAGAUGCAGGCACUGGCAGAUCAGUUCUAUUGCGGCACGCUCUCUCAUUUCAGCUCUCCAUCAAGCUUUACUCGUUGGUUCUUUGAGCAAGGCUCCCGGCCGGUAGCCGAGCUGGGGGCAGUGCUCGUGGCGGGCUGGCGUGAAGCAAAGCCCUGUGGCGCCGCGAUCAAAGCGGGUAUCACCGGAGAGACGGGAGGCUUGCGCAAAGAUUGCAAGCGCCCUGAGCAAUGGGACCGAAAGCUUGCAGCUGGCGCCGUGCGUGCGAUGAUCAUUCUCCCUGAGAACCCAAAGCAUUCCAAGCGGGCGUCAGACUGGAUCAGAUCGGAGACCUUUCUGAGCCAGAUAUUGGAGUUCAGGGUCGUAGAGACUUCAGCAGAGCUUCCCCGUGUGCUGGCAGAAUUGAGUGAUGCCAGAGGGAGGGCGUAA